UAGUGAAAUGCAUAUAUAUAUAGACAAAUGUGGGUGUCAAUUAAUGGUAUAAAUUAAGGGACAGAACUUGGCCCAAAAUGUUCUAGAAAGGGUGAAAAAUGCUAAAUCACUAAAGUAGACCCAGUAAGUGUUAUUUAUGCCCCAGUUUGUUUCUCAAUAUGCUAGCUUUACUCAGCUCUGAACUGCUAAUACAAAAUUAAUACAAUUUAAUAUCAAUAUAAAAUUUGUUGGUUUCCUAAUUGUUGUUUAUUCAACAUUUUUGAGGUUAUGUAAAUUUUUAUUUGGCCAUUUUCUGGUAUGGAUCCCUUUUUAUCAGUUCUUACAACAUGUCAGUAUGGUUACUAACACCUACUUUUCAAAACACUAUAUGAUUCUCUACAUCCCCAAAAGGUUACAAAAUUCCAGAUGGACUGAAAUAUCUCCCAGAGAACUAUACUACUUCAAUACAUCUCCCUUUCCUUUUAAACAUUUUGGUGAUAUUUAUAAAAAUACAGGCUAUAAGAAUUCUGGUUUUCUGCCUGAAUUGCGAUAAAUGCUAGAUAUGUCUUACUUCAGGUCUUCACACCCAGGACAUUUUAAAAUAUUGGAUAAGGUAGUAUAAUUGCCCAAAACGAAGUCAUUUGUAUAUACUAUAAACUAUGUCUUGCAUAACUUUUCCUUUUUAAUGAUAUUUGCGUAAAUAUAAUAAGUACUUUCACAACUGCGAAGGGCCUUAAAAUAAAACAGUAAUUUAGCAUUUUCCAUAUGAAAUAAAAUUGGGACUGGCUAAUAUAUUGUCAUUUAAUGUAAACCAUAAUAGGAUCAUUAUAAAAGUUAUGGUGUUGAGUUUGAUUUGCAUGUCAUAAAAUUUAGUCUUCACACAUUGUACCUCAGUGUGCCUUCGACGCCUUGACCAGAGCGGUUGUGCGCCACUCAAAGUGCACCGACCGGAAACUCCGGCCACGGACUAAACGUUCCUCCUCCCUUCCGAUCGAAACGCCAGCUGCAUUUUGUGUGUGGCCACUCUGGGCCAUGGAUACAACCUUUAGCCACUUCAAAAUCUGUUUAUUAACACCUAGCUAAAUUGGUAUAUAACCCAUUGAAAGAAACAGUGGCCACAUUGGUUACAGAUUCAAGGUGUGGCACGUGGACCGGUGAAUGCAUAGAGUCAAGAGGGUCAAACUCUGUGACAAUAAGGAGGAUAUCUGGAAAAGCUGCUUGACAGUGAGCAUGAUGGCUGUGGACGGCCUUUCAGACAGUACAGAGGUGGUGGAGAUGGAGGAUGUUCCCUCCCAGUUCUUCGUGGAGAAACACUCGUGGGAAGGGCUUCGUGACAUUAUUCACUGUAGCAGGAAGUACUCCGGGAUGAUUGCAAACAAGGCUCCCCACGACUUCCAGUUUGUGCAAAAGAAGGAUGAGAAUGGACCUCACUCUCAUCGGUUGUAUUACCUCGGUAAGACUAUUAAUAUUUUGGAAACUGGUCUNNNNUACUCAGAAAUCCCCAAGAAGGUUCGCAAAGAGGCCCUUUUAGUGUUGUCAUGGAAACAGAUGCUGGAUCACUUCCAGGCCACACCUCAUCAAGGAGCCUACUCCCGAGAGGAGGAAUUGCUGAGAGAACGUAAACGUUUAGGAGCCUUUGGUAUCACUUCUUACGAUUAUCAUGCUCAGACAGGUCGGUUUCUUUUCCAGGCCAGCAAUAGUCUCUUCUACUGCCAGGAUGGAGGCAACAAUGGAUUUAUUCAGUCUGCCCCUUUAAAGCCAGUGGAGAUCAAGACCCAGUGCUCUGGGACCCGCAUGGACCCCAAGUUCUGUCCCGGAGACCCGGACUUCAUAGCUUUUAUCAACAAUAACGACUUGUGGAUAGCUAACAUAAAGACGGGCGAGGAGAGAAGACUGACGUACUGCCACAAAGGUCUGGAUAAUGUGAAGGAGGACCCCAAGUCUGCUGGUGUAGCAACUUUCGUCAUCCAGGAAGAGUUCGACCGUUUCACUGGUUACUGGUGGAGUCCUUCAGCAGUGGAAGACCCCAAUGGAGGAAAAACAGUUCACCUUCUGUAUGAAGAGGUGGAUGAGACUGAAGUAGAAAUUAUUCAUGUUCCAUCUCCAGCACUGGAAGAGAGGAAAGCUGAUGCAUACAGAUAUCCUCGCACAGGUAGCAAAAACCCCCAGGCAACACUUAAACUGGCAGAGAUCAAAACAGAUCCUCAAGGAAGAAUUGUGAGCACAAAAGACAAAGAGCUGGUUGUCCCUUUCACCUCAUUGUUUCCUGGGACAGAAUACAUCGCCAGAGUCGGGUGGACAAGUGACGGCAAAUAUGGCUGGGCAGUGCUAUUGGACCGUAGUCAGAGGAGACUACAGCUGGUGCUGCUGCCUCCAGAUCUCUUCAUACCUGUCACAGAUGACUUGGCUCAGAGGCAGGAGAGUCUAGAUGCUGUGCCCAGUAACACACAGCCUUACAUCAUCUACGAAGAGACAACAGACGUCUGGAUUAAUGUCCAUGAUAUAUUUUACCCUUUUAUACAAACAACAGAAGAUGAGUUUACUUUUAUUUGGAUAAACGAGUCUAAAACCGGUUUCAGCCACCUGUAUAAAAUCACAUCCAUCUUACAACCAGGCUGCAACAAUUGGACAGAAACCUACCGACACAUAGAGGGAGACUUUAAAUGUGCAAUCAAAGAGGAGAUUACAUUGACCACUGGAGAAUGGGAAGUCCUGGCAAGACAUGGAUCCAAGAUCUGGGUAAAUGAGGCGACAAGGUCGGUGUACUUUCAGGGCACCAGAGACACGCCUCUGGAACACCACCUUUAUGUGGUCAGCUACGACUGUCCUGGAACCGUAGUAAGACUUACCAAGCCUGGAUUCUCUCAUAGCUGCUCUGUUAGUAAGAACUUUGACUUUUUUGUCAGCCACUACAGUAAUGUGAGCACUCCUCCCUGUGUUCACGUCUACAAACUGACAGGUUCAGAGGGGGAUCCAAGGCAAAUGGUGCCUGAGUUCUGGGCCAGUAUGAUGGAAUCACCAGGUUGCCCAGGGGAUUACAAUCCGCCUGAGAUUUUUGACUUUCCAGGGAAGUCUGGCUUCCAGCUUUAUGGGAUGGUCUACAAGCCCCACAACCUGCAGCCUGGCAGGAAACACCCGACCGUUCUCUUUGUGUAUGGAGGUCCACAGGUUCAGCUUGUGAACAACUCCUUUAAAGGGAUGAAAUACCUUCGACUGAACACGUUAGCUUCUCUGGGCUACGCCGUGGUCGUCAUUGAUGGAAGGGGUUCCUGUCAGAGAGGACUGGAGUUUGAAGGAGCACUUAAAAAUAAAAUGGGUCAGGUGGAGAUCGAGGACCAGGUGGAGGGGCUGCAGUACGUGGCAGAGAAGUUCAACUUUGUCGACCUUAGUCGUGUUGCCAUUCACGGCUGGUCCUACGGAGGUUUCCUCUCAUUAAUGGGCCUCAUCCAGCGACCGAAUAUUUUUAAGCUGGCCAUUGCUGGUGCUCCGGUCACUGUAUGGAUGGCCUACGACACUGGCUACACAGAGCGUUACAUGGACGCACCAGAGAACAACCAGCAGGGCUACGAGGAAGGAUCCGUGGCCCUGCAUGUGGACAAACUGCCCAGCGAGCCCAACCGUUUGCUGAUUCUUCACGGGUUCCUGGAUGAGAACGUGCACUUUUUCCACACCAAUUUCCUAGUUUCUCAGAUAAUUCGUGCUGGGAAGCCUUACCAGCUCCAGGUCUACCCCAACGAGCGACACAGUAUCCGCUGCCCUGAGUCUGGAGAGCACUACGAGAUAAUGCUGCUGCACUUUCUACAACAAUACCUCUGAAAAUUAGAUCAUGGGGGAGACGCAGAGAGUCGUCUGUCCUCCUUAACUCCCUCCAGCUCACCACCCAGCUCUCCUCCUCCUCUUCCUCCUCCUCCUCCUCCUGGUGUCUUUAACAGAGAGACUGUCAAGACACUUCAGGCACCCUCUCACCCAGCUCUACUUCCACACUUCUGCUCUCUUUGUCUCUCGUUCUGUUUAUUGCUCGCUGUCCCCGUCUCUUCCACAUCCUCUCCUUCCUAUACACGUAACGACUACACACACGUGCACUCACACACGCACAUACACGGUUCCCAUCGUACAGUCUGGGGUAGGGUUUACUAGCAGAGAAAUGUGGUGUCUCACCCUGAGAGCUGAACAAAGACAAGGACAUCUGGAGAAAUAGUUGCAGACUGUGUCACAUUGACUCAUCACUCACCCAGCGUCCUUUUCUGCAAACACAAUAGUUUUUUGUUGUUGUUUGUUGUAUUUUUUUUUUGCCAAAUAUUAUUGUGUCGACCCCGGAGCUUCCUCACCUUCAUCACCGUCUGCCCUCUGCCCUAACGACCGGUUUAAUUCACCUCAGUCAGUGGUAGAAACAGGGCGACAGUUCACAGAUAUGAAAUGGAAUCUUAUUUUCAGCUCACGAAAAACAACUCUAUGACAGAUGCAGUUUACUUCAGAGACACACGCGCACUCACACACACACACAACCCUCUAUGUACUGUGAAUCUGUAUCUGUGCUCCCAUGAAGAAAGAAAGAAAGAAGGAACAAAUAACCAGACUCUCUCCCCGUCUGCUCGUUUUAAUCCUGUUUAAAAAAUAAAAUAUUUUUAUGAAUUUUUAUUAUUAUUUUCCAGUUAGUUUUACAUGGGUGCUGGUGAUGGAAAACAACGGCGCCCUUUCUCUCCCCUCACAUUUACAACGCUCACAAUGUCUGCUUGCCUUCUUUACGUAUAAUUUAUAUUUGCCAAAGUACCUCUUGAAUCUUUGAUCAUGCUGGUAUUUCCUUUUUUUACUGCAAUAAAGACUACAGGAGGGUGAGCACUGGAGUCUUACAACAGCUUUCUACCACCGGAAUACAAUUUGUACAUGAUAAUGAAUAAAUGUAUGAAUCAAUCACA